AUGUCAAAGCGAGGAGCAGGUGGGCGGGGUAAGGGGGAGCGACUGGACACCAUGGCAACUCUACAAGCAGCCAAUGAGGAACUCAGAGCAAAACUGACAGACAUCCAAAUUGAACUACAACAGGAGAAGAAUAAGGUGAGCCGCCUGGAGAGAGAGAAAAGUCAGGAGCUGAAGGCGGAGCAUCACAGAGCGGCGGUUGCUGUGACGGAGCUGAAGACUAAACUCCAUGAGGAGAAGCAGAAGGAGCUUGCACUCACCCGGGAGACAUUACUAAGGCAGCAUGAGAUGGAGCUGAUGAGGGUCAUAAAGAUCAAAGAUGGAGAAAUCCAACGCCUUAACGGGCUGGUGCUCACCUUGAGGGAUGGAUCCACAGACAAGGUGAGGAGUGCCCUGGUGGGGGAGGUAGAGGAGGUGAGGAAGAGCUGGGAGGCGGAGCGUUGUCGCCUCCAUCAGGAGAUUCAGGAGCUGAGAGGGGCAAAGAGGAAUGCUGAGGAGGCACUGACAUCAGCUCAGCAGGCCUGCCAGGCCCGAGCAGCUGAGCUCCGAUCAGCUCAUCAUCAACACCAGGAAGAAUUGAACAGGACCAAGAGAGACUGCGAGAGGGAGAUUCGCCGCCUGAUGGAUGAGAUAAAGCUGAAGGACAGAGCUGUCAGUGUUUUGGAUAAAGCCCUUGGUCUGCAGGCUGGACAUGCCCACCGCCUCCAGCUGCAGACUCAGGCUGCUGAACAGCAAAUUGCAGCCCUGAGAGAUGCACAGAGGGUGGGGCUAAAUCACCCCACUCUUAAUCCCAACCCUAACAACGCUCCUCACAUUUCUCAGGAGGACCGUGACACUCGGAGGUUCCAGCUGAAAAUAGCCGAGUUGAGUGCUGUCGUCAGGAAGUUAGAAGAUAGAAACGCUCUGCUGUCAGAAGAACGCAAUGAACUGCUGAAGCGUCUGAGAGAGGCAGAGAGUCAGUUUCUUCCUCUUCUAGACAAAAACAAGCGGCUGAGUCGCAAAAAUGAAGAGCUGGCUCUAGCGCUGCGUCGCCUCGACAACAAGCUUCGCUUUGUCACCCAGGAGAACCUGGAGAUGAGAAGGCCGAGUUCAUUAAAUGACCUGGACCGCAGCCACUCCACCAGUUACCAUGGUUACAGCCAAGAUGAGCGAGAGAUGGAGUUUCUACGGUUACAAGUCUUAGAACAGCAACACAUCAUCGAUGACCUGUCCAAGGCUCUAGAGACAGCUGGUUAUGUGAAGAAUGUGAUUGAGAGAGACAUGCUGCUGAGAUACCGGCGUCAGGAAUCGGUGAGGAGGAAACGGACCUUCAGAGCCUGCAGGGUCAUUGAGACUUUUUAUGGUUAUGAUGAAGAGGCAUCUGUGGAUUCUGAUGGCUCGUCUUUGUCCUUUCACACUGACAGAACUCCGGAUACUGAACCAGACGAGAUGUGUGUGCGUGAGGAAGCGGAGUUUCGUUACCGUCAGCUGACUCAAGAGUACCAGGCACUGCAGCGAGCGUAUGCUCUGUUAGCUGAGACGAGUGGAGGAAACUACGAUGCAGAGAAGGAAAUCAAGACCAGAGAGCAGCUGCUGAGUGAAAUCAGUCGAUAUCAGAGCAGAGUUUCAGAUCUGGAGUCAGCGCUGAAACAACAAGGGCUGGACCUGAAGUGGGUGGAGGAGAAGCAGGCGUUGUAUCAAAGGAAUCAGGAGCUUGUGGAGAAGGUCAGGCAGAUGGAAGGUGAAGAGCUGCGACUGAAAAACGACAUCCAGGACGUCAGAGACCAGAACGAGCUCCUGGAGUUCAGGAUUUUGGAGUUAGAGGAGCGGGAGCGGCGUUCACCUGCCAUCAACUUCCAACAGCUCCAUUUCCCAGAAGGCCUCAGUCCUCUUCAGGUCUACUGUGAGGCAGAGGGAGUCACUGAUAUUGUGAUGAGUGAGCUCAUGAAGAAGCUGGACAUUCUGGGAGAUAACGCCGUAAGUAAUCUGUCCAAUGAGGAGCAGGUGGUGGUGAUUCAUGCCAGGACGGUGCUAACUCUGGCAGAAAAGUGGCUGGAGUCCAUUGAAGUGAAAAAAUCGGCUCUGCAGCAGAAGAUGUUGGACAUCGAGAGUGAGAAGGAGCUUUUCAGUAAGCAGAAAGGUUACCUGGAUGAAGAACUGGACUACAGGAAGCAGUCGAUGGAUCAGGCCCAUAAGAGGAUCCUGGAGCUGGAGGCCAUGUUGUUUGAGGCUCUGCGACAGGAAGAGGAAUCCAGGAUGGCGGGAUUAAAGAUGGAGGAAGGCCGCCUGUCUGAGACUCUGACAGAGGAAGAGAGAGAGGAGCUGAGGAGAGCAAUGGACCAAUGGAAACGAACUGUGAUGUACGAGCUGAGAGAGAGAGAUGUCCAGAUCCUCCGAGAGAGGAUGGAACUGCUGCAGCUCACCCAACAGAGGAACAAGGAGCUGGAGGAAUUUAUAGAAGCACAGAAACGACAGAUUAAAGAGCUGGAAGAGAAGUUUCUUUUCCUCUUCCUGUUCUUCUCUUUGGCCUUCAUCCUCUGGUCCUAACAGCAUCAGGUGUCUGCAGACCACCACAGUCCAGCAGCUUAGUGGCGAGGUCAGCUCAGUCCAGGAGACCAGGAGGACUCAGAAGGAUUCCUGGAACCAGCAGCUCACCAACUGAGGGUCUCUGUUGCCAGCCAAUCACAGCAGAGCCCAGCUGUCAGUUACACCUUCCCAGAAUGCCACAGUGCUAUCUCAGAGAUGAAUGAUGACUUCCUGUCUGCUCACUGAUGUUCAGCUGAGUAAAAGACUCUGAACCAAACUGGUGUUGGACCCCUGCUAGCUAAACUAGGUGACGUCCUACAUGAUUAGCUGAGCUCACCGAUUUUGACGUUGGCAAGUUGGGUCAUUUCACUAACCUGUGACAGCGGUACAAGCUCAGCAGAGUUAGGCUGAAAAAAAUGACGUGGAAAACAUCUGAAUCCAGCCCGAUAGAAGUUCACUUCCACUGUUCUUUGUUCUGAUUGGCUGUUCUACCUGAAAUGUGGACAGUGAUAUCAGAUUUUAGCUCCUCCUCACUUUCAUUCACAGAGCUGAGGUUACACCUGGUUCAUCUACAACAGUAGAAACACCUUCAAAAAGUCAGAAGGUUUGUCAGAAAUCAAAGUGAAGAGUGAACUUGGAAAGGUAUACAACAGAACAAAAAGUAGUCCAGACAAACCAGGUUCAGGAAGUCCAGAAGACCAAAGUAGGUUCAGGUCCCAUGGAAGAUCUUGUUUUGGUGGUCCACACAAACCAGGUUCAGGAGGUCCAGAAGACCAAAGUAGGUUCAGGUCCCAUGGAAGAUCUUGUUUUGGUGGUCCACACAAACCAGGUUCAGGAGGUCCAGAUUAAAAUGUGGUGUCACAGAUUAUGUUGAAUAUGAUGGAGAAAAGCACAGUGGUACUUUUUGAUCUUGAGGUGCUAGAGAUCCUGGAUUCAGAUCCUGGACAAGACCCCGAAUAUGUUGCUGUUCCUAAAUCCACAUCUGUAUAAUGUCACAGGACUAAAAAUAAAUUAUAUCAUAAUAUAUAUAUAUAUAUAUAUGAUUUAUUAGUAUUAUAUGAAAUUAUGCACCUUUUCACUUGACACUGAAGUUACCUGAUAUUGUUAAAUAAAAAAGUUUAAAUAUAAAAAAGCUAAAGACUUUGUAU